CAAAAUGAAGAAAAAACUCUGAUCUUCUUUCGUAAAAAAAAAAACAUAACUCUCAUCUUCAUUCAUUCCCUUGUCUCUUUGAAAUAAUUCCCCCCAAGCUCCACUGUUCCACUUUCACCCUUCCUCCGCCGCCAUGUCACCUCCCGCCACCGAUUCCGGCCACAUCAACCACUACACUCCGGCGGAGAUCAACGGUUCUCACAAUGAUAAAGUCGAAUCCUCCAAACCGAAAGUUAAUUCUAUGCUACCGUCGAUCCCUCGUUCCUUCGACGGCGCGUUCAUCGUAAUUCCGCCGGAAAUUCUCCGGAGAGUCGUUGUUGCUUCUGCUAAGGGUUUCUCGAUCGGAGCUGGUCUCAAAGGUGGUCUCGCUCUCUUCGCGAUCUUGGCGCGAUUCGCGCGGAAAAAACCGCCAAGGAAGGAAAUUGUGGUGACGAAUGGCGAAGUGAUUGUUACGGCUUUGAAAGAAACGUUGAGAUAUGGUUUGUUUCUUGGAACCUUCGCCGGAACGUUUGUUUCAAUGGAUGAGCUUAUUGGUGCUCUUGGAGGUCACCGUAGGACAGCGAGGUGGAGGACUCUGUUGGCAGGAGCGGUUGCUGGGCAGUCGAUGCUUCUGACAGGGUUAGAGGCACAACACACAAGCUUGGCCAUUUACAUUCUCAUGCGUGCUGCUGUAUUGGCAACUCGUUGUGGGAUUAAGAGCGAACGAUUUGGGAGAAUCUGUAAGCCUCUCACAUGGAAGCAUGGAGACAUUUUCCUCAUGUGUCUCUCCUCUUCCCAAAUAUUGUCUGCUUAUAUAUUAAACCAAGAGAGUUUACCUGCUUCAUAUAAGUCCUUUCUCAAUAAACAUGGUGGAAAGGAUCCAGUUAUCUUACAAGGUGUAAAAGAUAUAGCCACUGGCAGGCCUUUUUCUAAUCUCAAUGCAAUAAAGAAAUACUACAAGACCGUCGGUGUCGACGUGAAAUUAGAUCCAAAUAUGAAAGUUCCAUGCACGAUUGUACAUGGGAAUCAAUCAUGUAGUGGGCACAUCGUUUCUUUUCUCAUUCAAGCCUACAAAAGAGCAUUACCUGUUUAUCUUCCAGUUUAUCUGAUACCUGCUCUAAUAGUACACAGAAAAGGACUUCUAAAAAGGCCUUUCACAAUAUUGGCAAAGGGUCUAAUUGGCACUGCAAGAUCAAGUUUGUUUCUGUCUGUGUAUUGUGCAUCUGCCUGGAUGUGGACAUGCUUUCUGUUUAGGCUCUUCAAAAGAUGUAACAUUCCAAUGGUGGCCACGGGAACAUUCCCAACUGGCCUAGCAUUGGCAAUUGAGAAGAAAAGCAGGCGAAUGGAGAUAUCAUUAUACUGCCUUGCCCGGGCUAUUGAGAGUUUCUUCACAUGCAUAGCUGAUGCAGGAUAUCUGCCACAGUCUAGAACAAUCAAAAGAGCUGAUGUGGUAGUUUUCAGCUUAUCAACUGCUAUCAUAAUGCACUGCUAUGCUCAAGAGAGGGACGUAUUCAGAUCCAAAUAUUUGAAUGUUCUCGAUUGGGUUUUUGGUGUACCACCGCCUCCAUGUGAAACCCCGCGAUGCAAAGAUACCUAGGCAGAAGUGUUAAAGCCUGUGAAGGUAUUUUGUCUCAAAAUAUUUCCCUCAACUUGGUGGUACAUAUUUUGGUAUUGCCUUCUGAAAGUGAAGAAUGGUGGCCUGGGAACCUUAAUUUGCAUUGAGCAGGGAAGUAGAAUGAUUACUUGAACAUACGGUAAUAGUCCCGUAAACUCAUGAAGAUUGAAGGUUUUUUGACUGAUUAUUGCUGCUUGAUGCUUUUCAAGCAAGACGCACAAAUAUAUUCAUUGAAACUCUGAUCUUAUUCGUCGGAGUUACACACGGAUGAUCAUAACUAAAAUUCCAAGGAUCAACUCUUCAGCAGUUCAGAUCCGUGUCCUGCCAUACUUCAUCACACACUUUGUCUCCUAAAUAACUUGAUAGUUGAAAUAUAGGUUUUUUAACCCUUAAAUUUUAAAGUUACUUUAAAAUGAAUUGUGUCACAGGAACUGUUGGCCGCAAUUAACAAAUAACUUAUAUGAAAUGAAAGCAGUAUAUGUUUUUUUUUU